AUGUGCACGUCACUGUUUACGUUCGACGUGCAUCCUGGCAUCCUGUUCCUUUUGACUUUCAACAGAGAUGAGUACUACGACAGGCCCACGAAGGAGGCACAUUUUUGGGAUGAUGCGCCCGAGAUCCUGGCUGGCAGAGACCUCAAGGGAGGGGGUACAUGGCUGGGUAUCACAAAGACUGGCCGCUUUGCGCUUUUGACAAACUUUCGAGAGCCUGGUUUUGGCAGCGUCAAGGGGACAAGCCGUGGGGCGCUGACUGUCGAUUUCCUGAGAGGAGAGCAGUCUCCAUUGGAGUACCUGAAGGGCCUGAACGCGCAGGCUUUCAAUGGCGUCAAUCUGAUAGUGGGAGAUCUCAAGGCCAAGAGUGUGGCAUACCUGACCAAUCGGGGUAAAAUUGAGGAGCUCAAGCAUCCACAGGAGCUGCCGGCAGGCUUAUAUGGGAUCAGCAAUGGAGUCCUGGGAGACAGAUGGGUCAAGGUGGUGCGGGGCAAGGAAAAGCUGAGCAGCUUGGAAGGGGAUUUGGCGGAGGGGCAUGUGCCAUGGGAGAUCAUAAUGGGGGACAUCAUGGGCGACAGGGAACGCGUCACAGACGAUGCGCAGCUGCCGGACACUGGAAUUCCGGCGCAUUACGAGCGCAUCCUGAGCUCCAUCUUCGUGGAACCUGCUGAGAUGCCGGAUGGGCCAUAUGGGACUCGCAGCCAGACAGUGGUGGUAGUGUGGCGCGACGGAAGGGUGGAGUUCAGAGAGCGUUCUAGAGGAGCAACUGAUGACUGGACUGAGGUGGAGCAUGGUUUCAGCAUAGAAGGCAUGGGCAAUGACAUGUGCUGGGCAAAAGAGGCUUGA